CCGGCGGCCGAGCCCGGGGUGGAGUUUCACGCCCGGGCGGCCGAGCGAGGAGGUCCCCGAGCAGCACAUGGAGCCGGAGCCCAGCCCCGCGGCUUCAGCCUAGGGAGCCCCGCUCGCACCCGGCCCCCGCCUGCCUCUGCCCCGGGGAGCCCGCCCCAGCGCAGCGCGGAUGGCCCCCGGCUGGCGCAGCCGGCUCUGGGGCGCGCUGCUGCUGCCGCUGCUGGGCCAGGCUGCCGGGGGCCCCGCGGAGCCCGCGCCCCAGCCCCCGCCGCCCUUCGACGCGCUCUUCGCCCGCGGCGUGGAGGCGUGUGACGGCGGCGACUACGCGGGCGCGGUGCGCUGGCUGGAGCGGGCGCUGAGCAGCCACCGGCAGCUGCGGGAGGCGCGGCUGCGCUGCGGGCUGGGCUGCCGGGAGCCCCCGGGGCGGCUCGGGCCGGGCGCCGGCGGGGACCUGCCCUUCUUCGGCUCCGUGCUGCGCCGGGCGCGCUGCCUGCGGGAGUGCGAGGGGCGCCGGCUGGGGGCCGCCUCCCGGCACCGCGCCAGCGAGGAGGUGCGGGCCGACUUCCAGCGCCGGGUGCCCUACAGCUACCUGCAGCGGGCCUACAUCCAGCUGAACCAGCUGGAGGAGGCAGCAGAUGCAGCUCACACCUUCUUCAUGGCAAACCCUGAGCACAUGGAAAUGCAGCAGGACAUUGAGAACUACAAAACCAUGGCUGGGAAGGUCCAUCUGGUUGAUCGAGAGGCCAAGCCGCACAUGGAGAACUACAGUGCAGGGGUGAAGCACUAUGAUCAAGAAGAAUACGUGCUGGCCAUCGAGUCCUUGGAGCGAGCGCUCCGGGGCUACUACACCGCAGAUGUGGAGUGCCGGGUCAUGUGCGAGGGGCCUCAGCGGUUCGAGGAGUACGAGUACUUGGAGUAUAAAGCUGACCUCUAUGAAGCAAUUGCAGAUCACUACAUGCAGAUCCUGGUGUGUCAACAUGAGUGUGUCCGAGAACUUGCCACCCGUCCUGGGCGUUUGUCACCCAUUGAGAACUACCUUCCUCUCCAUUAUGACUACUUGCAGUUUGCCUAUUACAGAGUUGGCGAGUACGUGAAAGCCCUAGAAUGUGCCCAGUCCUACCUCCUGUUCCACCCGGACGAUGAAGCUGUCUUGGAGAACGCGGAUUAUUACAAGAGCCUUUUGGAAGAGGCUGUGGACCCGGAGACCAUCAAACCCAGAGAGGAGGCUGCCAAGUUUCUGAGGCGUCAUAAGCUGGAGUCUGACCUCUUGCAGACGGGAGCAACUGGCCUGGGAUUCGCAUACACUGAGCCGAGCUACUGGAGCCGCUCCGGUGCCCGUCAGGACGAGCACAGAGUCCCCUCGGGUGUUAACAGUGAGCUGGCAGAUGGUCCCGCACUGUCUCUGGGAAAGAAACCUGCACCCAAAAUGGAUCGAGAGCUGCGGGAGGGGGGUUCUCUGCUCUACAGCGACGUGAAGUUCAUCUAUAACUCCCAGCAGCUGAACGGCACGCAGCGAGUGCUACUGGAUAACGUCAUAUCGGAGGAGGAGUGCCGAGAGCUGCGUAGAGUGGCCAAUGGGAUCAUGCUGGCUGGAGAUGGCUAUCGAGGGAAAACCUCACCCCACACUCCCAACGAGAAGUUUGAAGGGGCCACUGUCCUCAAAGCUCUCAAGUUCGGCUACGAGGGGCGCGUCCCGCUGAAGAGCGCCCGCCUGUUCUAUGACGUCAGCGAGAAGGCCCGCAGGAUCGUGGAGUCCUACUUCCUGCUGAACUCCACCCUCUACUUCUCCUACACGCACAUGGUGUGCCGCACCGCCCUGCCGGGCCAGCAGGAGAAAAGGAACGACCUGAGCCACCCCAUCCAUGCCGACAACUGCCUGCUGGAUCCCGAGGCCAGCGAGUGCUGGAAGGAGCCCCCGGCCUACACCUUCCGGGAUUACAGCGCCCUUCUGUACAUUAACACGGAUUUCGAAGGCGGGGAGUUUAUAUUCACUGAGAUGGAUGCCAAAACUGUUACUGCCUCUAUCAAGCCAAAGUGUGGGCGCAUGAUCAGCUUCUCCUCUGGUGGGGAGAACCCCCACGGGGUCAAAGCAGUCACCAAAGGCCAGCGAUGUGCUGUGGCUCUCUGGUUCACUUUGGACCCACUUUACAGAGAGCUGGAGCGAAUCCAGGCGGAUGAAGUGAUAGCGACGUUAGACCAAGAGCAUCUAGGAGCCAACGACCUGAACAUCAACCCAAAGGACGAGCUCUAAACUAGGCCAAGGACUUCCGAUUAAAUAUUUAUUUAAUAUUGUUAAUCCUAUUAGAACCCUUUUAUUUUUAUACAGAGCCUCGGUAUAAAUGAAUCGGUUAA